GCCGAUAGAGGCGCUGAACGUAGUAGCAUUUGUCAACAAUAGAUUCUGGAUUCAGGCACUUUUUAUUCAUUUUAAGCAAUUUUAUCAUAAGAAAGAACUAAAAUGACUGGUGUGGAAUCAAUGAUUGUGGAGGAGAAGCCAGUUCCAACAAAAGUAGUGGAUCGGGAGAAGACUUGCCCCCUUUUAUUGAGAGUCUUCUGUUCCACCGGGAGACAUCAUUCCGCCGCUGAAUAUGCCCAUGGGAAUGUACCCAGCAAUGAACUACAAAUAUACACCUGGCAGGAUGCAACGCUGCGGGAAUUGACGACACUCGUGAGGGAUGUGAAUCCGGAAACACGUCGAAAAGGUACAUAUUUUGACUUUGCCCUCGUCUACCCCGAAAGGGGCCAGUACAGAAUGAGAGAGAUUGGUGUUACUUGCUCAGGCGCCAAAGGUGCUGAUGAUUCAAAGACUCUCCAUCAAGCUAAAUUCUGUAUUGGCGACUACAUGGACAUUAACAUAACGCCACCAAUGCGAAAGCGAUAUUAGAGAUUUCUGCACACUUGAUGUUUUCUCCGUCUCUUUAUUCUUAUUAAUUCAAUAUAAUCCAGGAUGUCUUUUUUUGUGUCAAGAGAGAGUAACUCGACUUACGGAAUAAAUUAAACAUAGUGAUUUCCUAGAA